AGAAUUGCAGCAACCGGGUUCUGGCCGUGGAGGUCUCGGGUUUUCCAGUCCCUUUCGGUUGUGGUGGUCGAGAUGUUUUUCUCCGAGGCCGGAGCCCGGCCACGGACGUGGGAAGCCAGCCCCUCAGAACACAGGAAGUGGGUGGAAGUAUUUAAAGCAUGCGAUGAAGAUAACAAAGGCUAUCUAAGCAGAGAGGACUUUAAAGUUGCUGUUGUAAUGCUGUUUGGGUACAAGCCCUCCAAGAUAGAAGCUGAUUCCAUUAUGUCUUCAGUAAAUCCAAACACUUCCGGUAUAUUGCUUGAGGAGUUUUUAAGUAUUGUUAGGAAAAAGAAGGAAGUUCAACUCCAUCGGAAUGAAAUAAGACACAUCUUCACAGCUUUUGACAGGCACUAUCGUGGGUAUUUAACUUCGGAAGAUUUCAAGAAAGCAUUUAGGCAGGUGGCUCCCAAGUUAUCAGAAAGGACUGUUCUGGACGUAUUCAGGGAAGUAGAUCAAGACUCAGACGGUCUUGUCAGCUUUAAAGACUUUGAAUAUGCCAUGAACUAUGGACAAAAUGAAGCCUAACUAUUGUGAACUGCUUUUGGCAACUUCUGGGGAGACAAAUAGAUUGUAAUGUAUAUUUAAAUGUCAAACUCUGCUCCGUUAGUGAUGUAAUUAUGCUGCAUACUUGUGAUUAAACUCUCCAUUGUGGUUU